ACGAACGCCACAACAUCUUGUCUAGGACCCGUUUCUUUCUUCUUCUUCUCGCUCUCUCUCUCUCUCUGAAGUUUCUAGCAUUCAACCACAACAGAAACCCUGCAGAGCCCCAACUCCUGAAACCUUUGACAAAAUUCUAACGAUUUGUGAUGGGUGGACUGCCUUUGCAAAAUGCUUCCCCUGCCCCAGUUGUCAGCCAGGUGUCAGUAAUUACAAAUUCUACUAAAGAAUCAAAGCCCAAAAAGAAGAUCUGCUGUGCUUGCCCUGAAACUAAGAAACUAAGGGACGAAUGCAUUGUGGAGCAUGGUGAAGCUGCAUGCGCAAAAUGGAUUGAGGCUCAUCGACUGUGCCUCCGUGCUGAGGGCUUUAACAUUUGAGUUUGGUAGAUAUGGUUUAGUUCAUAAAUCAAUACCAUUUUGGAAUAUAGAAUACUUGUUUUGGAAUUACACAUACUGAAUAGAAGGAAUAAAGGUAGAAAACACAGGUUUUCUUGACCUUUUGUACUUGCAGUCAUUUUUAUCUUCUUGAAUUAUGAUUUCUUUCCUUCCUCUGUGACAAUUGAAAAUGAUCAGAAUCCUUGGAUGGGGUUGAUAUUGUGUUGUC